AUGGCACCAUUUCUACCAGCUGAUUGUUUAUGCCAAAUAUUUCAAAAUCUAACGGAUCAGAAAUCCUUAUACUCGUGUCUGCUAGUGAACCGCCUAUGGUGUGCCACUUCGGUGGAAUUCCUGUGGUCGAGACCGUUCCACUUCCUCUACACGUGCCACAAAACCAUCUUUUCUACGUCGCUGCAAAGGCACCUGUUUUCCUCCUCGGCCUCGACAAAAUCCUCGAUAUACACCGCGAAAUCAUCAUCCGCCUAUAAUAAUCGAAGGGCAUCGACCACGACCAAUAAAUCCUCUUCACACACCGUCUUUCCGUCAGCCGAGAAAAUAUGCAAUUGCUGCGAGGACACGAGGUUGAUAAGAAGCUCAAAGUUGAUCGAGACCUAUCUGAGCUGUUUGUCGGAAAAAGAAAAAAUACUGUUGAUGGAAAACGGAAUUAUAUUACCGGUUGAGAUACAACAAUCUCCGUUAUUUGACUACGCGGGAUUCAUACGCUGUCUGGAUCUGGAAGAGUUCUACACUGCUAUCAAGGAUUGGUUGGAAUAUGCGAAUGUGCUUAAUGGCACAUCACAGAGCAUCAAUAUGAACUAUUACAACACGCUGAAUGCGUUGAACGGGAUUGGCGGUAGGAAGGGAAGUCUGAACAGAGGGAAUCCGGCGAUCUUGAGUAGUAGCUAUCCAGGAGGGAUAAAUGCUAUGACCACCGGUGGAUUUAGUUGGUUGGACGGCGAGACAAGGCAAAUGAUGGAGUUCCACAAUAGGCAACUGAAAAAGAAGAAUUCAUUAAAGAGAUUUAAAUUAUCAAAUGUCGUGAGAUUCAUCACCAAGACGAUAAACAAUCAUCGAAGGACUUCUGAGAGCAGCCAUGAUCAAUCACGGAGAAACAGUGAAUCGAGUCAGCACAGUACCGCAAGCAGUUUCGACACGAUACACACGACCUCCUCUUCGACACCGUCAAGUCCAACCACCAUCAUAACAUCACCAAACAGUCCCUCGUAUAUGACUCAUCCGAGGGAACGAUUGGUCACCGAGAUGCUGUGCAGAUUGUUGAUGAGGAGAUGCUCCACCCUCAGGCAGUUGUCAAUUGACCGAACGAAUUCUACCCGUCCGGAGAAUGCGAACGAAUUCCGUUGUUCCUCGUUGAGAUCCCAUUUGUCGGAAAGAUUUCCAAAUCAUCGUCUCAUACCCGAACAAUACCUGAUGCUUCCGGUCUAUCCCGGCGCCAUCUCGUGUUUGUCUUCGUUGAGUGAACUGAUAUGUACCACACGUCAGUCGAAACGAAAAUUAUUUGACCUACUAGCCGACGUCUCCAACCAACUGACGAGAAUCUCCGUGACAAUGGACUAUUCAUCCAACGGCGGUAGACCACGUAAAGAUGAUUUGGAAAGUGAAGAUGAGGCCAGAAGCUUAGCUGCCUUGAUCAACUUCCAGCAAUCCCUGGAACAAUUUGAGUUGCAUGGCUGUGAGGUUGGCUCCUCCAUCAUAAUAAAUUCGUUGAGAUCGCAAACCAAUAGUUUGAAGGUGAUCGCCUUCAAUGACAUUCGAUUCUGGGGUUGGGAGUCGUUGGAUUUCCUGGGCGAAUGUAGGAACCUCGAGAAGCUGAUUUUUAAAUCGUGUAACGGGUUAACCAAUGAAUUGCUGGACUCGAUGAUGAACGUCAAAUAUGAGAACCUAAACACCCUCAUCAUGGAAAACUCACCCGCGCCCGUUCACAUCCUUGAGUCGCUGAUCUUUGGCUCACACGUUGAAUCAACCGACAUUUUCGAACUGCAUACACUCUUCACCUUGUGUACGAACAUCCAGUCUUUCACGCUUUACGGUUCGCGGUCACCUGAAAUCAAUGCGACCGAUUUCUUCGUGCGGCUCUCCAAGCAGGAAUUACCAAAUUUACAGUCGCUCUCUCUACACACCGCGUGGUCGUACACGCCAUCCUCACUUGAUCAAUUUCUGAUAAGCUCGAAACCACCAUUGAAAUACUUGGAGAUCAGAAAUUCGAGAUGCUUUAAUGACGAACAUCUCAAGGUGAUAUUAAAAAAUUUGGGCAAAGAGUUGAAUGUGUUGAAGUUGCACGUCACGAAUCAGCUGAGCGAAGAGUUGGUGGAAAGGGCCAAACAGGAGAUUGAGAUGAGGGACUUGCUCAAAAGAGAAAUGGAAUUGCAAAAGAGGGAACUCGAGUUAAGGCAACGAGGAUUCGGAAUCGAUGAUGAUUUUACAAGGCCCCAUGAUAGCAUAAUGAGACGUGAUAGUAACGCGAUGAGGCGCGACAGCAACUUGCUCAGACGCGAUAGCGGAGUGUUAAGAAGGGAAAGUUGCGGAAUUUUGAGAAGAGAUAGUCGCAUGAGAAGAGCGACUAGGUACGAUGAUAUUGAAGAAGGACUGGUACAAGUGGAAUAUUGGGAAUCCGUAAUUAGGGAUCAGGAAGAAUUUUGUUGCGUCCGAAAACCCCGAUUCGGCAAGUGA